AUGAAGGAACGGGUAAAUAAACCAGGAGGCUAUAGGACUCUCCCUACUGAAAUAUUUACAAAUAUCGACAGCGCUCCUAUAUUUAGAGCGCUCCCAUACCCACUCCUUAAUGGCAACCUUCGGGCUCUGUCAUUACCGGUGCUUUGGACCUUUCUCCAUUGUUUGGAAGAAACGACACGGCAACACUUGGCGAAUGGUAAUCCACCAAUCCACCUCGCCAUCCUGAAUAGGCACGUAGUCUCUUAG